UGUGCGCGUGUGUGAGUAUCUGACAGCAGCAGCUUUUUAUCUGCGCGUAAAGAGCUCCGUCAAACAGAGAGAAGGAAAAGUAAAUAACACCUUUGAAUUUAAUGGACCAUUAAACACAGCCUGGAUUACAUCUCGGAGCAUUUGGUGACAUCGUUCAGUCGUUGGAAGCCUGCGCAUCCUGUUGAAUUUAAAUUUGGGGAUAUCUAGUGUGGUCCAGAUGUUAAUCCACACGUAUUCCGCUAUGGACCGCGCAGACGGACUAAGCGGCUCUUCGCCUAGUGGGCGCCUCUCCCAGCUGUCCUCCCUGAACCAGGCCGGUUACUCCUCGGCUCCCCCGCUCUGCCACACUCCGGCCUCUGACUUCCAGCCUCCGUACUUCCCUCCCCCCUAUCCCCAGUCCUCCCUGCCAUACUCCCAGAGCCAGGACUCAUAUUCCCACCUGUCAGACCCCUACACUUCCAUCAACUCCAUCCAUCAGCAUCAGCAAGUGGCAUGGCACUCGCAGAGGUCGCGCUCCGACGAUGGGGGACUCCUUUCACAGUCGCACCGGGCUCUGAGCCUCGACCCCCGGCGAGAUUAUGCAGCUGUCCCCCGGCUGCUGCACGGUCUCGGAGAAGGUGCUGCCGCUCUCGGGGACGGUCCUCUCGGGAUGCACCUGGGACAUCACGGCCUGGACGAUCUUCAGGGAAUGGAGGAAGGAUCAGCCCUCGGCAUCCUCGACCACUCUGUCAUUAAAAAAGUUCCCAUCCCGUCCAAGCUGAACGGCUCGUCCAUGCCCAUGUUGUCCCUCUGUAAGGAGGGUCUCGGUGUGGGAUCCGUGUCCAACCCAGCCGAGGUUUUCUGUUCGGUCCCGGGUCGCCUCUCGCUGCUCAGCUCCACCUCCAAGUACAAGGUGACGGUCGGGGAGGUGCAGCGACGCCUCUCCCCGCCUGAGUGCCUCAACGCCUCUCUGCUGGGUGGAGUCCUCCGCAGGGCGAAGUCAAAGAAUGGUGGCCGCUGUCUGAGAGAGCGUCUGGAGAAGAUUGGCCUCAACCUGCCCGCCGGGCGACGCAAGGCAGCCAACGUCACUCUCCUAACAUCUCUAGUGGAGGGUGAGGCCGUUCAUCUGGCGCGGGACUUUGGUUACGUGUGUGAGACAGAGUUUCCAGCCAGAGCCACAGCUGAGUAUCUGUGCAGGCAGAGCGAGCCGGACCAGCUCCCAACACGGCGCAGCAUGCUGCUCGCCACCAAGGAGAUCUGUAAGGAGUUUGUGGACAUGAUGUCCCAGGACCGCUCUCCGCUGGGCGGCAGUCGACCCACCCCCUGCCUUGAGCCCGGCGUCCAGGGAAGCCUCACCCACUUCAGCCUGCUCACCCACGGCUUCGGUACCCCCGCCAUCUGCGCCGCACUCUCCGCCUUCCAGAGCUACCUGAUGGAGGCGAUCAAAAUGCUGGACAAAGGAGAGGGCGGAGGGAAGAACCACCACGACAAGGAGAUGAAGCACCGCAAAUAGAGGGAGGACAGACAAGAUGUGUUGAAGGGUGGAUGAGAUGAGAGGCAGAAAGGAAGAGAAAAAGAGGGGAGAAAGACUGACCGCUGCUCCUCUGCGUCUUUACCUUCGCCCUCAGGAUAAAAACUGAGACUUUUACCUCCCAGAAAAACCUCUGAGGCCCCUCUCGUCGAGGAGGCGGGGGUCAUGAUGAUAUCUGUACUGUAAUGUGUGUCCACAACCACCUCACUCAACAUGACGCAUGGACCUCUCUUCUCAGUAGCUGGUUUGUGUCAUGAUGGCGUCGACAAAACAUCUCUUCAGGAUGAGUUCCUACAUAUGGCUGUAUUUAUUUCCUCCCCCUUUUUUAUUUUUUUUGGUAAACAUGUCACCUUUAUCUGCGUUUUAGAACCCCCUGCCUUCAUCAGUCACUCUCAUACACACACUUUUACACAUUUUAUUGGACUAAACUCAUCUGGGAAGUGUCGUAAAGCCAUAUCCGAGACAACAACCUGCUCUUUGCUCCUCUUGAACUUUGGGAGACUUUUAACUCCACCUGAUUGGACAUAUGUAGUUCUUCUUCGUGGGUGGUCAUGGGAAAUUGAGUUCUCUGGGUUCUCUAACAGUAAGGAGGAGUCAAAGGCAGCUAAAGGAGAUUUGGUUUCUUUUAUUUUGAAGUACUACGUGUUGGUAACUUAAGAAAAUAAGACAAAUCAUUUUGUACUUUCUGUGUAUGUUUAUUAUUAAUGUUAUUACUGUUGUUAUUAUUAUUGUAUUAC